AUGGCCCCACGCGCAUCAGUUUCGCCGCAACAGGACCUGGGACGCCAGCCGCAAUCGACGCAAUGGGCUUCAGAAUCGAGCACCUCUCACACCACCUUGGCGGACGAUAUGAACCACGAGGGCCACGCCGACUUUAGCACCAAGUCGGAGCUUGGAAGCGAAGCCCUUCCGAAAUUACAGGACACCGACGUCGAGAAGGGCGGCGCAGUGGUCACCAAUUCCCCACCGCCGACAGUGCCAAUGGCACCUGCUCUCGCCGCUGACGAUCCAGAAAGUGAGUACUUGUGCGUUUCGGCAUGCAUUAUGAAUCGAGCGUUUGCUCAGUCAAUCGCUUGGGUGCUCGCUGCGCGCACAGAUCCUCGAACAUGGGCGAAGGGCAAGAAGAUUGUGAGUUCGCCGAGCGGAGUCUACCAUGUUGCCGCUGCCCGGAACUGACCGAGCCUGCGACGCACCACACAGUACGUCAAUUUUGUCCUGUGUAUUUGGGUCUUGUCAUUGACCUAUGCAUCGACCGCAUAUGUCGCGAGUAUCCGGGUCAUCGAGGCUCGCUUCCGUAUCACCCAAGAAGUGGCCAUCCUCGGAGUGACUUUGAUGGUGUGAGUGGAAAGCUGUCGCCAUCGCACCGGAAUCCCGUAAGUUUUGGUUCCUCAGAGUCUGACAUGUCAUCUGAACCCGCCAGGCUGGGAUUCGCUGCGGGUCCGCUUCUGUUUGGCCCCCUGUCGGAGGUUUAUGGCCGGCGACCGGUGUACGUCGUCACGGGCCUCUGCUACUCAGCCUUUGCCUUUGGUGCCGCCUUCGCCGAUUCCACCGCCUCCCUCCUCGUUUUUCGCUUCUUUAUGGGCUUCUUUGGUUCUUCGAGCAUCAACAAUGUCCCAGCGAGUAUCGGCGACUUUACGACCCCUUUGGAACGCGGACCCUACACGAUUCUGUACGCACUGUCUGCAUUCGGCGGACCCUCGCUUGGACCACUUUGCUCGUCCUACAUCGAGGCCAGGAUCGGGUGGAGGUGGAAUUUCCGCGUGAUGGCCAUCUUUAGCACCGUCAUGUCGAUCUUGGCCGCACUCGCCCCCGAGACCCACGGGCCGACGAUCCUCAAGGCCAAGAUCAAGCGCGAGGGCAACGCCCCUCCCGCACUGACGUUCAAUCAGGCCAUUAAUGUUUACAAGGUCGCGAUCAAGCGUCCCCUCUUGUAUCUCUUUACCGAACCUAUCGUAACGCUGGUAUCUCUAUACCUCGCGAUCCUCUACGGUAUUCUUUACGGUGUGUUCGAUCACAACUCAACGGUACGAGAAGUGCUCGAUGUGCUCACAUCUUUCUGAACCUUUUCCGCCAGGUUUCUUCAACGGCUUCAUCGUGGUCUGGAUGGAGACGCGUCACUUUAGCUCGACCUCGUACGGGCUGACUUACAUUUCGCUCGGCUGCGGCUUCCUCUUCGGUUGUGUCAUGUUGGCGACGGUGGGCGUGAAGGUGUACAACAAAGCGGCUGCCAAAGCCGAAGCCGAAGGUGUACCUACUCCUGCCGAGUCUCGACUCGUCCUCGCGUACUUCGGUGCACCCGCUGUGCCCCUGUAAGUCACAGGCGACUCCAGAUCUCCGCUGAUCGAGAGUUGAGCUGACUCGCGCCGUUCCUCGCUCUUUUCCCACACUAUCAGGGCGCUUUUUCUGUUCGCGGGAACCGCACCUUUCCCGCAUAUCCAUUGGAUCGUGCCCUGUAUUGCCGAGUUCAUCUUCAGUGCGGGGAUGCUCAUGGUUUUCACCGCGUUCAUCCCCUACUUGUUCGAAACGUACAUGGCCACCUCGGCAUCCGCUCUUGCGGCGGGUAUGGCGAGUCGAGCCACCGUCGGAGCUGUUUUCCCGCUCUUCAGCGUGCAAGCCUUCCAUGGCCUGGGUAUCACCGGUGCAUCAUGUUUACUGGGCGGCGUCUCGGUGUUGUUGGCCCCGAUCCCUUUUAUUUUUAGGGUGUACGGGCCUCGAAUCCGCGCCAAGUCAAAGUACGCGGUUCAUGUUCGAUGA